CCCGGUGCAGCUUCCGCGGCCCCGAGGGCAAGGGCGGGCAGCCCCAGGGGCAGCGGCGGCGGAGCACGUGAGGGGCCCGAGCGGCGCCCGGAGCAAUGGCGUCCGGAGAGGAACAAGUGGCUAAAAAUCUCAACGUGGAAGAUGCCCAACAGGAAAACGAAGGAGGAGACCAGGCCCCUGUGCAAAAUGAGGAGAAAUCAUGCCAUUUGGGAGGAGGCGAAGCCCAGAAGCCUCGAGGAAAUGUCAGGCUGGGGUGGGUUAAGCGACUUGUCCCUAAUUUUCGUGGGGCCAUAUCUAAAGAGCAUGUCGAUCACAUUGAAGUGAGAGAUAAUAGAGAAAAGAUGGCAGUGCAGCGGAUGGAAAUCAGGAGAAAGACUAGAGAGCAGCAAAUGAGACAUGUUACACGCUUCCAAAUUCCUGAACCUGAUAAUCACUAUGACUUUUGCCUUAUACCUUAAAUCCUAAGGUUUUCACUGAGGUUAAUAAUGUGGUCUCUGCUACAAAAGCUAGUAGUUUUGUGAUUUACUUUUCUGUAAACCUUUUGAUGUUUCCUCUUACUAGUUUCUAAUUGAAUAAUGUUUUUGUCUCAGUAUAAAACUCUCUGUCCAGCAAGGCAAUUCCACCCAGUUUUU